AUGCAGAUCACCAGCCUCCUGGUUAGCGCGUGCCUGGCACUGUCGGCAACGGUCGACGCGAUAGAACCCUUCGACAUUGUCCCAGCGGUUCAGAAGCGCCUCAAUUCGCUUGAUCUCGGCUAUACCAGGACUCAUAACCUGCUUCAGAACUUUGGGAACCCGCUCGUGUCUCCUGAAUUUGUCUACCAAAUCUACAACCAAACCGUUGCGACCGGGACUCAGGACCUGGGCUUGGCUCAGCCUGUUGUCAUCGAUCCUACGACUCAAUUGAUUCUGUGCCAGGCUUACCACAAUGUAGGAUCUUCGAUAUGCUGGCCCGCGGUCUUGAGUGCUAGACUGACUCGUUCAAACAGGUGGCGAUCAGUGGGAUCCAAUUAA